UUGGGGCAACACAGAGCAUUUUCAUCAACAUUUGGUUGUAUAAGGAAAAACAAAGAGUAUGAGUCUGAUAACUCCAAUGUAAACAAUUCCAUCUGUGGACAAUCCAAGGAGUAGGUGGAGAAAAUCUUGGAAUUUCACAAUCACCAAGCAAAACUAGGAAUGACCUGUUUUUACUAUUUAUCUGUUGCUUCUUCCGCAUUGGUCAUCUUGCUAUUUGUGUCAUUACUUGAGCCGAGGGUCUAUCGGAAGCAGCCUCAUUACCUUACAAAGAAUGGCAACCGAAGGAUCAUUGGAGGUGCCAUCAGAGGAAUUUCCGACUAGGAUCAAUUACCGUCCAAAUGGCAAGCCCCGAAUUGUGAUUGAACACUACAUGCCUGAACUGGAGGCGUAUGUGCCAAGAGAAGCUGAACCAAUUGAUUUAAAUGUGAUGCGAGAAAUCAAUGAUCGAUUGACAGCUAUGCUGGAAGAUGUGAGAUUGAUGAAGAAACGACUUACCCGCAUCAUGAUUUUGCAGUUGCUAUGUCUCGUUGUUGCAUUUUCAGGUCUUUUUGUGAAGUUGAUCCGAAAGUACUUUCUAUGGCUUGUGUGCCUCAUCAACAUGUGCUGCUGUAAAUAGGUUUUGUAAAUCAAGUUUUUGGCUUUUGUUCAUUGAAUAGAAACGGUGAUGGAACUUCCCAUUGUGGUCUUCCUUUUUACCUGUUCUUGGUUUUGGGAAGCAAUUAAUGUGUUUUUGUUCAA